GAAUUUAGAAACCUUUUAUUAAUAGAUUCUUUUGGUUUCAUCCAUCCACUUGGACCCAUUAUCUCAGCUCUUCUUGCUCCGAGCUUAGCUUCUUCCAAUAUAGCCUCAACUGCAAGUCUAUAAAUGAAAAUAUUAAUUUAUUAUUACUUAGAAAUUUAGAGUUUGUCAAUAAUAUUUCAUAGAUUCUUAUAUUCGUAAACCUUCUGAUGUAUUUAUUAAUAGUGUAUAUAUAAUAAUAAUAGUGUAUGGUAUAUUAUAAUAUUUGAACAUUAUUACUUACCUGUUUAAUGUUUCGUCGUCCAUUAUAAUAAAAUGUAUGUAUGCAAUUUUGAUAAUGAUUGUCCUUAGAAAAUAGAACCGUUUCGUUUUCUCGUUGUUAAAAGUAUUAAGUAUUUAUGAAACAUUCUAUUUGAUUGUGCGAAAUUUUUGUUUCGACACCUUACGUACACAUUCUGUAUAGUGAUUGACAUAAACAACAGUUCAGUUUGAGUUACAAAUCUGAGGUUAUAUUCAUGUCAUAUAGCACACCCAGACUUCUAUGCUAUAGAAUUAUCUGGAAUUAUCUUCGUGAGCGACUGCACCUGCGUUGUUAUAUUCGCGUCUUUUGAUUCAAACGAUUCAAACACUUCUGAAACAGAUCAGUUAUGUACAUAUAAUAAUUAUUGUUACGUUACAUACACACAUAUUUCCGAAUCCGGGAUAAAAUUGGAAAAAGACGUUGACUAUGUAAUAUACCAAUAUCAAAUAAAAUUUAGGUUUUAAAUUUACUUGCUACAGUAUUUCAAUAAUAUACAUAUAGAAUAUAUACAAUGGAGGAUCAACAAUUAAUUGAGUUGAGAGAAUUGAAAGCAAAAUUACUUGAGAAAACAGAAAAUUUAUUGAAAAAAUUGAAAAACAAAGAAAAUGAAGACAAAUCUUCUAUUAAAUUCGCACCAGACACCAUAAAGGAGAUCAUAUCAGAAGAAAAUAAAUCACAUAAACAUAAAUUGUUGAAGGUUACUCGUAAAGUAACAGGUAUAAGAUUUCAAAACAUGGAUAGAGAAUUAUUGGAUGAUAACAUUUUCAAAUAUACUGCUGAGUUAAUAACGUCAGCUCUUAAAUUUUUUGUAGAACUGUCAGUAAAGCUAAAGGGAGAAAAAGGAUUUGAAAUAAAAGAUAUAACAUGUCAUUUUAUAGACAUUGAUAAAUGCUAUUUGUUAGAAAUUCAAUUUUGGAUACAAGACUUCAGUAGGAGAAAAAACUUUUCACUUUUAACAUCUGCUGUUUCAUGGUACAGCGAACAAAGCAGAGUAAGAAAAAGUAUAUUAGAACUACUGAAGCAAAGAAAAUAUGGCACUUAUGAACAAUGUCAGGAGGGAAGUGGAGGCAUAAUACUAUUCAUCCAUUCUCCUAAAAAUGUAGAACAAGAUCUUUCUAUUUCUUUAAAAAAGGUUUAUUUGAAAAUUCAGUGGUCACUAAUAUUUUUUGAGAAACUAUGGCAAUGUGAACAUGUGUUUGAAAUAUGUCCUACUCCACAAGGUAUGGACUUUGCAAGUCAAAAUCAAGAUUUGAUGAGAAGUUUUUGCAAAAAAUGUAUUACUAAUAAUGAGCUUCUAGAC